AAGUUGCAGGCAGAGCAUAUGCGCAUGUUGUGCUUGCGCUUUGGCCUACGAGAAUCCGCCAUAUCUGACCUCUUGCUACGCUCGUCGGAUCAUCACCAUGCUGGAGCUGACUUCGGCAAUUAAAAACUAACAGAGGCCGGUGGAGCUAAUCAACGAGCAGGCAUCGCCAUCGUGCUAUCACAGGAGUCAAAACACGAAGACACCGACGCGAUCGGCACAUGCACCCGCGCGGAAGCAGCAUCGGAUCGCACGCUACGUAGCUCCCAAUAAUGGCGCUACCUCCUCGUCUCCUUCUGGUGGCCCUUCUCCUCGUCGCCCUCACCGGAGAGGCGGACGCCGGUGGCGCUGGCCAUGGCCACGCGCGCUACGACCGCGUCUUCAGCUUCGGUGACUCGCUCACCGACACCGGCAACUCGGCCAUUCUCCCGGUCACCGCCGGGGGGCCCUUCACCAACCCGCCGUACGGGCAGACCCACUUUGGCCGGCCCAACGGCAGGGCCUCCGACGGCCGCCUCGUCAUCGACUUCAUCGUGGAGUCUCUGGGGUUGCCGCCGCCAACUCCGUACCUCGCCGGCAAGACCGCGCAAGACUUCCGGCACGGCGCGAACUUCGCGGUGGGCGGCGCGACGGCGCUUGACCCGGCGUUCCUGCAGAGCAGAGGGAUCACAUCCUUCGUGCCGGUCGCUCUCAGCAACCAGACGAGCUGGUUCAACGGUGUUUUGCAGCUUCUCGACUCCACUGGCAACGGGCAGCGCAAGAUCAUGGCGAGCUCCCUCUUGUACCUGGGAGAGAUCGGAUUCAACGACUACUCUUUCGUCGCCGUCUUCGGCAACGGCACCGUGGGCCUGGCGCAGAGCCUGGUGCCGCACAUCGUCGGCGCCAUCCGUUCAGUCCUGACCGACGCGAUCGGUGUUGGAGCGCGGACGAUGGUGGUGGCGGGGAUGAUACCGAUGGGCUGCGAGCCGGAGCUGCUGGCCAUGCUACCCGGCGGCGGGGGCGACUACUACGACCGGGCGUCUGGCUGCAUCGCGCGGUUCAACCAGCUCGCCCAGCUGCACAACCGCGCGCUGAAGCGCAUGCUCUGUCAGCUCCGGCGAGACCACCCCGGCACGGCCAUCCACUACGCCGACCUGUACCGCCCCAUCACCGCGGUCGUAUCCUCGCCCAGAAAAUACGGUGCUGCAUGUCACAGCCUUUCCUCUCUCCAGUUGAUCCGCAUGCCAUCGGCUUCGGUUCUAACUAAUGUAUGGUUUUCCUUGGCGCGCAUGGCAUGUAUAUCUGUGGCAGGCUUCGGCGACAUACCCUUGGCAGCGUGCUGCGGCGGCGGCGGCGGGCCGUACAACUUCAACUUCACCUUCUUCUGCGGCACUCCGGCGGCAACCGCGUGCGCCGACCCGUCGAGGUCCGUUUCGUGGGAUGGGAUCCAUUACACGGAGGCUGCAAAUAAGUUCGUUGCACACGCCAUACUGAGGGGGUUGUAAUGAGCCAUCAACGAACAAAACACAAAGAAGGCCUGGACAACAACGGGGAAAAAAUAUGAGUUGUUCAUAAAUUAUACUUACUUUUGUUAUUUUUUUCUAAAGAAGGCAAAAGAUUUGCCUUAUUCAUGGAUAAUAAGAUGGGAAAAAAGUUUAAGGUUUGUGUAA